CCGUCGGAGAUUUUGCCAUUAAUUCCCCCAAUGAAGUAACUCAAAGUUGUUCAGCCCCCCAACAUCAUCUCACCCAUCCCUUUGACAAAACUCAGAUGGUGAAGAAAAUGAAGCUACCGUUUCUCGUCAAGAAGUCAGAAAUGAGGUCGCCUUCUUCUCCCUGGGCGUGGCCGUCUUGUCACCAACCCAGAACCCUCUCUUUCAGAGCCAAUAACACCGACUUGUUCAAUUCCAAUAUCAACUCGGAUUCCACUGCAGUGGAAGUCGACCCAAUAGAGACCUUGGUUCGUAGCUUGCAGUCGAACCGGCGGCGGCUUUUCUUCGAACCAGAUGAGACUAGCUCCAUAUUAGAGACGAAGGCUUCUACAGGAGGACGCGUGCCAUUCAAAGACAGCUUGGUGCUAUCCAUGGAGUCUCGGGACCCUUACGUAGACUUUCGAAAGUCCAUGGAGGAGAUGGUGGAGGCUCACGCCCUCAACCACUUGGAGGCUCUGCAGGAGCUUCUGUGUUGGUAUUUGAGGGUCAAUUCCAAAAGCAAUCACGCCUCUAUUCUGGCAGCCUUUGUCGAUUUACUAGUUGGCUUUGCUUCGGUUCCUUCUUCCUCUCCUUCUCCUUCUCCUUUUUCUCCUCUAUCUUUUUCUAGCUCGUCUCUGGCUUCUUCCUUUGGUACACGCUGCGUUAAUUAUUCUUCUUUAGAAGCAGGCGAAGAGGUUGGGGCAACUGAUCCCGCUUCAACUUUGGCUUCGUUGUCACAAGUUAAAGGGGAUAUUAUUGACCAUCAUGACGAGGCUUCUUCUUCCAAUGCUUGAUUCAAGGUUCUGAUUUUGUAAUGUAAAUGUUGCAGUUCAAAAGUAUCACACUCCCAAAUUUUUUAUGACUCGUGUUUCUAUCGGUCUCUCUUUCUCAUCUGGUGUGUCACGCGUAUGAAGGAAGUGCAAGCGUGUGAGCUGAGGACAGGGUCUAGGAAUGGAGAAAUAGAUGGAGAUGAAGAUGAAGAUGAGAGGCGUCGGAGUUGAAAUGGGAAGUCGUUGUCAAAUGAUGGGAACAUAUACAGCGCAGAAUAUUGAAGGUGGUCCUUUCAGAGCUCAUGAUGAUCAUAGGCUGCAGCAAGAGGUAUUGUAUAUGUUGGUGUAUUGCUUCUUAGAAUACAAAUGCGUCGGAUGGGGUAUGUAUGUUUGCUUUUUGUUGGAAAUCCAAUAUUGUCUGUAUAUGCCUCAAUCAUGUACACCACUAGUACGUGUAUGGUGUUUAAUUUGAGAAUCUAUUGGCCGCUUUAAGAUCA